AGACAUUGGACCCGCGCAAUCCACGCCCCAAAUCAUACGCAAUGGCAUCCAAAGUGCGCGCGCCCUUCCGAGUGGGCAAGAAGGCAGUUUUCCUGCCCGACUUCACGCUGACCCUCCUGCGCACGCCCUUCCUCCCGCCGACGUUCGCCAAGUUCCUGGUGCCGCUGAACCUCAACAAGCUCGACUUGAGGGACUACCUGUGGCACGCGUACGGGGUCAACGCGACGCGGAUCCGCUCGUUUGUGCAGCAGCAGAAGCUGCGGCAGGACGACCCGAGCCGGCUGCGCCCGAUGCCGCGCCGCUGGUUCCGCGCCAAGGCGAUCAAGAAGAUGACGGUUGAGAUGGACAAGCCGUUUGUGUGGCCGGAGCAGCCCGAGGACUUUACUCCCUGGGAUAAGGAUCUCUACUCCGCCGCGCAGAAGCACAAUGACCAGCACCAGGAGUCCAUGCGCCCAGAGAACCUGUACAAGGGCCCCGCUGAUAAGAAGACGCUUGCCGAGCAGGCGCGGAAGCUGUUGAAGGGCGAGGACAAGUGGCGGCCCUCGGGCGACAUGUCGAAAGAGUAGAUCAAGCAGCAUUGCCCUGAGGUUUUGAGAGAGAAUAAGUUGCUACACAGCCAGCGGCCUUGCUGCUUUGUGGGUUCGGUUGGGAAGGGUGUGUUAUGAUUGUACAGCAUAUCGGGCUCUUAGGAAAAGAGAUAUAGGCGGAGUUUUUUGUCUGGCGGUAACGCAACGCAGCUUUCGGUACAGUAGUCGAUCGGUUCUGUUCGCUUGUGCUGCAAGUCCUACUCUUUUUAAGAAUCGGAUUCUUUUGGAAACGACCUUGUCUAUCUCCUUUUCUUGUUGAUGCGAGACAGACACUUCACGGUUCCCAUUCGCACCAACCGCUGAUCUCCCUCUGCUCGGCGCUAGCUCUACAAUGGACGUCUCCCGCUGCAAUCCUAAACGCUGCGCAGUGAAUAGAAAAAUCUGAUUGGGC